UUUUCUUUUACUAUUUUUUCCUUAUUGAUUGGAAAUUUGACGAAAUGCAGACGAAAUGAAACAUAAAUGUAAGCAAACCCCUCAAACUCUAAAUCUAUUAAUAUAAAUACAGAUAGCUUCCCUAGAACUUGGGCUCUUGUAUUAUUGAUACUAACUCUUGCUUAUUAUUCUCAUCAAUACUAUUUACAUUAUUUUCUUCAUAUUUCAUAUUAUUCUCUUCAUUUCUCAAAGCUCAAAUAAUCAAUUCCGGUGCUCGGACAUCGGUUAACGUUAUAAAAACUAUACUGCUAAUUCAUGGCGAAAGGUAGGAAAACUGGUUCAAACCGUCACGAACGCUUCCUUGGGACUUUCAACUACACAAACCAGAAUCCAGGAAAUGGUGCUAUCGAUGGGUCAGAACUCGAAGAAGAGGAUAUUUGGUCCAUGGUUGAUGAUAUUGUCGACAGUGACGAUCAAGUUAUACAUGUCGCGGAGAACGAGUGGAGCUACGGUGAGCCACCAGGUAACGGUGGUCACGGGAUAAAUUCGAACAAUCAAAGAUGGUUUGAGAAAGAAGAUCAGCUUCAUCAUCAUCAUCAUCAGCACCAUAGACAAGUCGGUGGUUUAUCAUUAGCUUUUAAAGAUUCAGGUAAGGCAGCAGUUUCCCCAAGAAUUGUGCAUAAGUUUCAUCGCCAAGAUAACAUGAUGGCUGCUAACAAUCAACGCAGGCAUAAUCAUCAUCAUCAUCAUCAAAUGGCUGCAUCAGCACCGGUGAAUGUACCAGAUUGGACGAAAAUAUUACGCAUUAACUCAGUCGAGUCAUUGCAUGACUCAGAUGAGGGUUUAGACGACGAUGAUAACUCGGAACGAGUACCACCACAUGAGUACGUUGCACGUGGUAGUCGUCGCAAUACCAUGACAACAUCAGUGUUCGAAGGUGUAGGUCGUACCUUAAAAGGGAGGGAUUUGAGCCGGGUCCGUGAUGCCGUAUGGAGUCAAACCGGGUUUGAUGGCUGAUUUAUUAAUACUUUAUGAACACCACCACCGAUAUUAAUUAAUGAAAAACUGUUUUUGGUCUGCUAAUUUAAUUAAUCAGCAUCAGCCCUGGCAUCAUUAAGCGCGCAUUUGUAAAUUGUUUAGCCCAAAUAAAUAACUCUCUUUCUGAGUGGUUACCGAAUGUCUAAAUAGUGGUAAUGAUUGAUUGGCAUCUAUAUAUAUCAUAUUAAUUUGUGUUAACAGGGUGAUGCAAUGUAAUCGCGAAGUAUAAAGAUUGAUCAUUUUAUAUAGCUAUAGGUAAAGAUGGUUUGAUCUUUAAGUUCACUUGGAUGUACAAGUAAAGGUUUACGCGGAGUUUUUAUUCUUAGGCCAA